CCUAAACCGAACCACACUCACACACCAAAUCUAGUCUUUAACAAGUUUUGUUCUUUGGUUCGAAACAACACACAUAGCAUCCUUAAAGAUCAAAACAACAAAGAUCUUGUUACAAAAACAUCUUCAGUUUCACUUCACAAAGUUUUUUUUUUCAACUGAACCAAAACCCAGUGAAAAUAAAUAACAAGGAGGAGAAGAUGCAGCAGACACCUCAAAUGAUUCCUAUGAUGCCUUCAUUCCCACAACAAACAAACAUAACCACUGAGCAGAUUCAAAAAUAUCUUGAUGAGAACAAGAAGCUGAUCCUGGCAAUAUUGGACAAUCAAAAUCUUGGAAAACUUGCAGAAUGUGCCCAGUACCAAGCUCAGCUUCAGAAGAAUUUGAUGUAUUUAGCUGCAAUUGCUGACGCGCAGCCACAAACACCGGCCUUGCCUCCACAGAUGGCCCCGCACCCUGCGAUGCAACAAGGAUUCUAUAUGCAACAUCCUCAGGCUGCAGCAAUGGCUCAGCAACAAGGAAUGUUCCCCCAAAAAAUGCCAAUGCAGUUCGGUAAUCCGCAUCAAAUGCAGGAUCAGCAGCAUCAGCAGCAACAACAGCAGCUACAUCAGCAAGCUAUGCAAGGUCAAAUGGGACUUAGACCUGGAGGGAUAAAUAACGGCAUGCAUCCAAUGCACAACGAGGCUGCUCUCGGAGGUAGCGGCAGUGGUGGUCCAAAUGACGGGCGUGGUGGUGGAAGCAAGCAAGAUGCUUCGGAAGCUGGGACAGCCGGCGGUGAUGGUCAAGGAACCUCUGCCGCAGCUGCGCACAACAGUGGAGAUGCUUCAGAAGAGGGAAAGUAAUGUGAUUUUCGUGUAUGUUGUUUAAUAAGACAAUACCAUGUGACUGUUGAUAGUAGGAUUUUCUUAAAAAAGGUAGCAGGACUAGAAUGAUCUUGAUGCCCUUUGAUUGGUCGACCAGAGGAGCUUAGGUAGAUGUGAUGUUGUGUUGCUAGGGUUUUGGCAUGCAGCGAGUUUGUGUCGACUGAAAUUGUUGUUGCCGCAAUAGGAAGUACUCGAUACCUAAAGAGGUGAAAGUUUGUGAUCCAUAGUAACAGUGCACUGUCGUUCAAGUUUGUGAUUGUUGUUUCUUAGUUCAUUCUUAGUUUUCAGUAAUUUUUAUAAAUUUUCACCUUGUUUUCAUACUUCUCAAAGAUUCUCAAAUGAUGAAAAGGUGAGGAGUUAUUGGAUACUCUCUUGUUAGUUGUUACAAUUCAAGCAAUCAUCGACUUCAACCA